UGUCUGUUCUGUUGCAGGUUUUUAGAUGACUUUUGAUUAGCAGUAUUUAAAGAGCUCAUAAUGCCUGGGAAGCUUGACGGCACCACAAAGAUAUUUGUGGGGAAUUUUGAUGAAUACACCAGAAGUCAAGAGAUCCGUGCACUCUUUGAGAAAUAUGGCAAUGUUGUUGAAUGUGACAUUGUCAGAAACUAUUGCUUUGUGCACAUGACUGAUGCCAAUGAAGCUCAAGUUGCGAUCAGUAAUCUUCAAGGGUUUCCACUGCGUUCUCGCAAGUUGAACGUUGAAGUUUCCACUAGCGAAGUUCGACAGAAACCAGGAAUGGGGGGAUCAGACAAAUGCUUCUAUUGUGGUGAUGGAGGACACUGGUCUCGUGACUGUCCCAAGCGAGAUUCUGGAUCUCAAGAGGGUGCAGGAAAGUCUAGGAAAAUAUAUGUGGGAAAUGUUGGCAGUGAAACAUCUGAGGAGGAAUUGAAGACCCUGUUCUCAAAAUUUGGAGAAGUGGAGGAAUGCUCAAAGGUCAAAAAUUAUGCCUUUGUGCACAUGAAAACUGCUGAGGAAGCUACUCUAGCUAUUGAAGGGCUGAAGGGUUCUACUUUGAAUGGUCAAGUUCUAACCAUUGAGUCAUCCACAAGUCGACCUGGCACAAGAGGAGGACCAAGAGGAGGUGGUAGAGGUGGAGCUAUAGGAAUUGGGUAUGGUAUGAUGGGUGGACGUGGAGGAUUCCUUCCGCGGGUUGGUCCUCCUAUGAUGGACAGAUUCCCACCUGGCCGUUUUGGACCUGGCUAUCGUGAUAGAGCUGCUCCAUACCCCCCACCGCCACCUCUUCCUGCAUAUGGACCUCGCUAUGAUGAUCGCUUUGAUCGACCAAGAGGAUUUGAAUUUGAGCGGUAUGACCGGAUGAGAUCAUCACCUCCUAUGGGUGAUCUGUACGAACGUCGCAUACCUCCUGUGAGAGAACCUGUGAGGGAGACCUUUUCGGCUUACGAUCGCUAUGGGGCUCCGCUGGAUGUUAUGGAACGCUACCGUACUGGGGGGCCUCCUGCUGUGCCAAGUGCAAUGCCUCCAGCUGGCCCUGAUCUCUAUUCUCGUCGGUCUCCAGGCAUGAUGGCUGCUGGCGCUACUGCCAGGGCCGAUCCGGAAACAAGGCCGUGUUACGCCAUUCGGUGUCCAGUGGGGCUGCCAGGGCAUAUUUCUUUCAUAGUGGUCCUCCUUAUUCGCAUGCGCAUGCUUCUUGCGGCUUCUGCCUCUCACAGCAGAGGAAAGAUAUUAGCAGUUAGAAUGGUAGGGAUGAAGGUUCGCGUGGAGGGCGAGGGAGACGACGAGAGGUGUCACUUCAACGCCGUCGCUGCGGCCCAACCGCAUAAAAGUGUUCAGGAAUGCCUCAAAGUCUACGAAUCUUGGGCUCCUGUCUAUGAAGAGGAUUUCUCACCCACAAGGUACAGGGCACCUCAGAUUGCUGCUGAAGCUCUUGCAGAGUGUUUCCCAGAAGAGCGGCGGAAGGGUGUUGUCAUCUUGGAUGUUGCUGCUGGCACUGGACUUGUUGGCGAAUGGUUGAGAGAUUUCGGUUUCAAAAACUUGGAUGCUGUGGAUCCAUGUGAAUCCAUGUUGGACAUCUUGAAAAGCAAGAAUAUUUACAACCGUAUUGUACAGGACUUCAUUGGCGAUCACAUGCUGGAUAUUCAGAAUGACACAUAUGAUGGAGUGAUCAUAGCUGGAGGAUUUGUAGAGGGACAUGUUCCUAUCUCAGCAGUGGACGAAAUGCUUCGCAUUGUCCGGCCUGGUGGUUAUGUGGUGAUCUGUAUGAGGCUUGAAUAUCUGACGAAUGUUCAAGAAUAUAAGAACUUGGAGCCACUCAUGAAGAGCCUUGAGAAAAAAGGAGUUUGGAAGCAGAUUCUGAGAAAUGUCGCGCCCAAUUACUUCUACGACAAACAGGGAAUCCUAUUUGUCUACCAGAAGCAAUGACAUUUUGAAGCAUCUUGACGCUUUGGGCCAUGACUAGGAAUUGGAUUUUGUUAAAAAAAAAAAGCCUGAGAUAUCUCAAUAUGUUUUGCUAUAUUCUACACAUAUACACAUAUGUGCACAUGUUACUGCAGAAUCACAGCCGGUUUUGAUCUGUUCUCUUGGUCUCAUUUAAUUUAUUUAGUUUCAUUUAGAAGGUUUUCUCUACCACCGUACAGAGAUAAGGUAAUUCCAUGUCGUUUUGUCAUCAUUGCAUUCCUUUUUUUUUAUUCCCAUCAACGUACCCUGAGUGCAUUUGCAUUUCAGAUUAUCUGACCAUCAUUCAGCUAGCAACAUCAGCAAUCCUUAUUGGCUCGCUGUGGUUGUCUUGAAUGCAAUUGAUGACGCAUAUCUGCACAAGUCAUAUCUAGAAAGACCCUUUGGUACAAUAACUCAGUGAAGGAACUUAUGUGAUAAAGUUCAAUUGCUUCCACAUGCUAUGCAGGUAUACUCAUCCAUCCCAUAUAUGCUGAGUGCUGAAUCAACUAAAUAAUCCUGCACGAUUUUGCAAAUAGAAUGGAGAAUAUAUUUUCACCAAUUUUCUUGAACAGAGAGAACCCCAGGAACAGAAAUGACUGAUUAAUAGUCAUAUUAUGCACUAGUUAGGAGUUAGUGCUUCAAAGAAUUGAAUCAGGAGUUCUUGUACAUGUCGAAAGAAAGUCCUAUAUGGAGCUAAAAAAGGAGAUAUGCAUUCAGAUUUUAUUCAAACAAGGGGGACGAGAGUUUAUGUCUCAAAUAAGCCUGAAUAUGCUUUGAUAUUUUUGACAAAUUGUAUACAGAAAGCAGAAAUAAAUAAGUGACUUUGGGCUCAUACACCUUCCAUUUAUUUCAAUUGGACACCAG